AUGGCCGACGAGCUCUUUGACGGCGCGUCGUUGAGCGCCCCGCGCACGGCCCGCCCGCGUCCGUUCACGUGGGACGAGCGACGUCAGCUGUGCAGCGACAUCUCCAACUUGGCGCCGCCCGACCUGUCCGGUGUGCUGCUUCUGAUCCGCCAUCACGUACAGGUGCUCGAGAUGCACGAGCUUUUGCCAUACAAACAGCGUGUGCAGCCCUGGGACGCACAGAAGCAGCUGAAGACACAAGCAGGCACGCGACUACAUGGCCUGAGUAUACCAAGCGAUGAAGUGCCGGGCGAGCCUCAAUUGCAGUGCACGUUCCGACUCGAUCACGCCGACGAGGAGCUCCUGCAGCAGCUCCGUCAGUACGUGGACGACUGCUACGUGCCCCACUUUGUGCCGAAGGAGUGCUGCAGUAUCUGUGAAGGCCUCUGGUCGUGCGGUCGGGUGCUCUACUGCGGGAACGACUCGUGUUCUGUGCGUGUGCACGAGGAAUGCUUUGGCGUGGUCCUGAAAGAGCACGACAACGGGCCGUGGCGCUGUCCGUCGUGCCUCCUCGGCAAACAGCUCACGUGUGCCGUCUGUAUGCAGUCGGGAGGUCCGCUGAAGCCUGUCGCCAUGUCGGAGGGGUCCUCUAGUGACGAACAAAAGUGGGUGCACGUGCUCUGUGCCCUUGCGAUUCCGGAGCUGGUGAUGCGAGAUGUGCCCAGUAUGGAACCAGUAGACGGCUUUGACGAGAUUGAGAAUGGCAGGUUUCGCUACUUGUGCGCGAUCUGCCGCAAACGCGGCGGCGCGUCGGUCAUCUGUGAAGCCGAGAACUGCAAUGUGGGCGUCCACCCACAGUGUGCAGCGGAUGCUGGACUCAUGAUUGGCAACGAGGCCAACUUGCUUGGCGUGUACUGCGACAAGCACUUGCCUGCCUCGCGCAUUCCUGGCGCCAAGCGCUGGAUCAGUGACGAAGAUCUCGUGGAAGAGAUAAUGAGCGAGUACUCGAUCGACGUAGGCUUCGACGAUGAGGAACUGGACCCGUCGUCGUACAGUGACGCUGAGCGGUAUGCCUUUGUGCUUGAAUCGACGCCGUAUCUGCACAUGAAGCAGCACUUGCUAGGCGCUACCGCAACGCUUCAGUUUGGCACGACACCGUUGUCUGCAGCAUGUACUGGUUCAGGUGACAUCAGCCGCAAGACACUUGCAGGAGCCAAGAUUACCGCGAAUGCGUACACCCCGCCGGCGAUGGUCGUUCAGGGCAUGGCCACACAAAGACCGAUUGUUUUUCCGCCGGCAGACGCGAGUGCGAACGAAGAGCGUCUGGGUCUGCCUGAAUUUCCGAAAGGAAGACAUGUGGUUGGAGCUAUCUUGGACUUUCUAGUCAAGGCACAGAACGAGUGGAAACGCGCGCGCGUGCUGCAAUGGGACAGCAAGAAGAACAUGCACCUGGUGCAGCUAGUGGCGUCUGGGCAGAAGCUUUGGGGGAAGCUGGACGCAGACAACGCGUUGAUUUUGUACCUCCCGGACGAGGAGAACCUCGUGGACGGUCCGAUUGUAAAGCUCAUUCGUCCAGUGACCCAGGGCUCUGUGCAAUGGCGUCCAAAGCCGCGUCAGUUCGCACGGGUAUCAUAA